AUGCCUCAGGAUAUGCCCCCUACUGGGGGAUAUCGCCCCGUCCAGUACAAGCGCAACGUACCUGUUCGAGGGUUCCGCCCCGUCUACUAUCUUAUUGGAAUGCAUGCUAUUAUGGCAUAUGGCCUGUAUAAGCUUUUCAUUGGUACCCGUGAACGAAACGAACUUGCCCGGGAGAAGAUCUGGUCUCGAAUCCACCUUAUUCCACUCCUUCAAGCCGAGGAGGACCGAGAUCAAGCGAGACGGUACUUCGCAGACAAGGCAAGAGAGAAGGAGUUGCUUGGAACCGACACCAAAAUAUACAACUCUGACAGAUUCGUGAGACCAACCUUCAUGUAUACCCCGGCUCCUAAAUAA